UUUUAACAAUUCGCCCGCCUGUCAAAAUAUCUAAAUUUUGUUACAGUGUUCCUUAUUCCCAUAUUCUUAUUUGAGAUAAGAUUUAUAAACAAAUCCAAAUUAUAUUAUUAUCUACAUUUUUCAUUUGCAAUUUUGUGUUUAUAUGUUUAGUGAAUUAAACAUUUAUAGCAAGCAGCACAGUACGUUUUUUGGUUAGUUCACAAGUAACCCAUUUAUUAUUAUUAUUUUCUUUGUAGCUUUUUAGUAAUGCUAUUGUGGUAUGCAAGUGGAUUGCAGAGCUCUGCAGGAGGAUGUGUCGAUUUUCGGUAGCGAGCAUGCAAAGGAUGCUUGAUUUCAAUACUCCAUCAGAAGGAGAUUCUGGAAUAUUCGCUACUUCUAACAAUCAUCGAUAUCUUCUCAACUAAUCGCUUAUUAUGAUGACUAACCAGAUCUUGAACUUGGAAUUCCUAUGGCUACUCAAUAGAGAAGAUUCUUUAGAAGUGAAUACGAUUAUUGAUGCUAGAUCAGGGGAAAAUUCUCUGAAACCUUCUGGACCUUUGUUAAAAUUAAAAAGAGAUCUAUCUGAAUAUUGUGGAUUUCCAGUUUUUAUAAAAGAUUGUAAGAAAAGGGUUGAAUUUGCUGAAUCUAACAAUCAAGAAAAUGAGAAAAAAAGUAAAAGUGACUAUUCAUUGUUUCAUCUAGAAUGUCUUUUUCAUGUCUUUUGUUCAAUUGACUUGGAAAAGAACCCAGAAGUUGAUUUUAGACGAUUUGUAAGUCUGUUUUAUUCUACUAAAUAUGGCCAUCUUGAGUCAGAAGUAUACUUGAGAUCUACUUCUGUUCCUUUUACUAUUGAAGAUAAUCUUUUAACUGAUGCUAAUACUAUUGAUGCUAUAAAAUUUUCACUUGGUAAUUUUGUAGGACUAAAUAAGUUUUGUGAACGUUUUGACAGUAAGGUUUCUGUUGAAAAAGAUAAAUAUAAAAUAACUCAAGUUAAGCUUUUAUUAUUACAUGAUUAUAAGAAACUCAUUUUGUAUUUUUUAGUGGGCAAAGAUUGUCCCAUUAAAAGGCGUAAUAAAACCACACAUAAUUGGUAUAAAUUUGAACUGCAAUAUUCAUCUAUUUAUUCCAUUAUAAUUUCGAAAAGUGAUGAUUUAACGUUAUAUUUCCGAUUGUUGCUGCCACCAUUAAUGUAUUCUAUGAUCCAUGAUAGUGAAGAGGAAGAUUGUAUACCUUUUUAUGAAAUUGACUAUACUACUUCUUGGUUCAGAGCUGUUGAUCUCUAUGAUGGUCGUCCUCAUCUGAAAAAAGAACUCACUAUGAAUACUGUUCUAAAACUUGAUCUUAAGAGAGAAGAUUAUGAUUUUUUAUUUCAAAUAAUAGCAUACUGCAAAAGCAUUCAACUCUUUUUUGCUCCAGUCUCUGUUAUUAAGAGCUCAAUUCCUCCUGUAACAUUAACAUUUUUCCCGAAUUCAAAAUCUAAUGCAAAUGAAAAGAAGCAGAAAAAAGAAGAUAAAGAAGCAGAAGAAAAGAGGAAAAAAGAAGAGUUUGAGUGUUUUUAUGCUUUACAGUGCAUCCUGACUCACAGUUUUGAAAUAAAUGAUCAACUUGUCUUUAGGAAAGAAAGUGACCUUGCCAAAUUAUUUGUGCAAGAAAAAAGUAAAGAAAAUCCUACUGCAUUAAGUCGUGCACUCUAUCAGAUUUAUGAUUCUAUUAUUAAAAGAAAUGUAGUAAUGUUUAUGGAAUCUCUGAAAUAUUUGUAUGAUUGUUUUAAAAAAGAAGAACCUAAAACAGUUAUUGAUGAUUUUUUUUCUAGGAAUCAAAGCCAUUUGCUUUUAAUUAAACGAGCUAUUCUUACACCAACUCAUGUUGUUCUGUUACCACCUCAACCAACUUUAAAAAGUCGAGCUUUACGAGAUUGUGAAUUUGAUUACUCUUUGAGACUAUCAAUUAAGGAUGUGAAUAUAGACUUCAUUCAUUUUUCUGUCAAAGCUUUUGGUACUGAUUCCAUGGAACGUCAGCGUAAUUUUUUCGAUACUUAUUACAGAAGUACUUUGCUUAAAGGAUUCAGUAUAGGUAAACGCAAAUACAAAUAUGUUGGGAGUUCAACUAGUCAGUUGAAAGGUCAUGGUUUGUGGUUUUAUGCUCAAGAUAGUAAAGGCAGGACAUCUGAGGACUUAAGAAAACAGUUUGGGUCAUUAGAGAAAAUCCGCCUGGUGCCAAAGUAUAUGGCUCGUAUGGGACAAACAUUCUCCCAGUCUAUGGGACAUAUUCGAGUCCCACAAGAUUGGACUAAUGUAAAAAAUCCGGAUGAUGACAUUGAAGGAGGUGUCAUCACUGAAUUUCUUACAAUUUAUGAACAAAAACAGAAAAAAAAGUUUCUCCAAGUAGAGCCAGAUAAUGAAGAUGUUGAAGUAGAGGACAAAGUUGAGGAAAAUCCAACUGAGAACGUUGACCGCUAUAAUUUUUCUGAUGGCAUUGGUAGAAUAUCACCUGAGCUUGCUGAUGAGGUGUACAAAGAGUUAGAUGUACUUGAUCAAAGACCAUCAGCUAUGCAAAUCCGGUAUGCAGGCUGCAAAGGUAUGCUGGUUGUUGAUCCUACACUUGAAGGGAAAGUUAUUAAAUUUCGCAAAAGUAUGAAGAAAUUUGAUUCAGAUAAUGACUCUUUGGAAAUUCUGAAAUUUAGUGAGAAACGAUCUUGUUUCCUGAAUCGUCCCUUCAUUACCAUUUUAGAACAGUUAGGUAUAAGCAAAGAAGUAUUUCUUAAACUUCAGAAAGAGAUGAUUCAGAAACAUAUCUGCAGUAUGUUCCAUGAAUAUGAAGCGUAUGAAUUUCUCAAUUGUCACUCUUUACUUCGUUUUGACUUUUUGGGCAUGCGCAAGGCUGGAAUUCAUUUCACUGAAGAUCCACUUUUUCGUUCCAUGAUUUACUCUUUGUUCCAAAAGCAGAUAGAACUGCUUAAAAAUAAGGCUAAUAUUGAAAUUCCUGUUGACAAAGGUCGAAAUAUGUUUGGUGUAGUUGAUGACACAUUUACUUUGGAAUAUGGGCAGGUAUUUGUGCAAUACAGUGACUGGGAAACAAAUAGACCUAUUGUUGUUGAAGGAACAGUAGUUGUGACAAAGAACCCAUGCAUGCAUCCUGGCGAUGUUCGAAAAUUUGAAGCUGUGUAUGUAAAAAGCUUGCUGCACAUUAAAGAUUGCAUUGUUUUUCCUGCUAAAGGGCCACGGCCACAUCCAGAUGAGAUGGCAGGUUCUGAUUUGGAUGGUGAUGAGUAUCAUGUAAUGUGGAUUAAAGAAUUGAUUUUUGAUGGUGAGAACUAUCCUCCUAUGCACUAUGCUGUCAAGGACAAAGCUAAAGAACUUGACAGGCCUGUCAUGAUAUCAGAUGAAUUGGACCACCUGUGUAAUUACAUAUUCAAUGAUAAAGUUGGUCUCAUUGCAACUGCACAUUUAGUGUGGGCAGAUCAAAUUAAGCAAGGUAUUUUCAGUGAUUUAUGUAUUCGCCUUGCCAAACAAUACUCCCUUGCAUUAGAUUUUGCUAAGUCGGGAAAAGCAGUUGCAAGAAACCCUAAAGACCGGCCGUACAGGUAUCCUGACUUUAUGCAAAAACUUGAUGAAAAGAAGACAUAUUUAUCACCUAAUGCCCUUGGUAUCCUCUUUCGCAGUUGCAAGAGAUUAGAAUUAGGUUUGGACACUGAGCGAAAUGAAAUAGAUUAUAAGUUGGACAAUGCCCUAAUACAUGAGAAAUGGGAUAAAAAGUAUAAGAAGUCAGCUAUAAGAAUUUAUAAAAGGUACUGUGAUAAAAUAGAUUUUUUUCUGAAAACGUAUAACUUUGAAAAUGAAGGCCAGUUUUUAGCUGGAGCCCUAAUCAAUCCACCAAAGUAUUAUGAAAAUAGGCAUGACCUUGGUAACAUCAUGGCACUUAUUGAGUUUGAAUCACAGUGGAUUUUUCGAGAUUUACAGAAGAAGUUUUUUGAAGAAUUUGGUGGAAGGCCACAGGAUGGGAUAUAUACUGAUGAAAUGUUGCAGAAGGCUAGUGCAUGGUACAUGGUGACUUACAGCAAAACUGAAAAGACAGGUUCUCAUUUCUUUGGAAUGCCUUGGGCUGUUUCAGAUGUCUUGGUGGAAUUAAAAAAAAGAAAUGAGCUCCUAAAUAAGUCAUCAAAUAUAGCCUCCAAAUCCCUCUUGGAAGAAACUAUAGAUAAAGCAGUCUCAAAACACUUUACAAUGCUUGAUGCUGAUGCUGAUACAGAGGUAAUACAUGAAAAUCGUCUAUCUGUUCUAGAUGUUGCCUGUACAAUACUUGCUAAAUGGAUCAAGUCUCAGAGGGAAUAUUUUUCAGACCCUGAUAUUAAAAAAAUUGAGAAAUGCAUUGAUAAAGAAUUUUCUGCCAUAACAAUGGAUAUUGCAACUAGAGAUUCCACAUACAUAGAGACACUGAAACGUGACAUGAAAAUUAAACGAGCGAUUUCUCCUGCUCACAAUGUAAUUGAGACAAUUUUGCAUGUAGCCAGCAUUGGUAUUCAAAAUCCUGAGAACCAGCUGUCUGAUAUUAGACAAGAAUUGGGUUUGCUGGCUUGGGUGACACUUAUCAAAUUAGCAUGCACUUACAACCCUCAGUACCUUGGAGUGGCAAAUGUAGGAAGUGAAUAUGCCAAUACAGUCUUCUAUAAAAGUCAAGACAAUAUAAUUGACACUCUUCAGCUUCCCCUGUUUGAAAAAGGUAAUAUAACCAAUUUAAAGUUCAGCAAGAAGGUGGUACAGCAAAUAGAUGGUGUCAAAGAAUACUUGAAGCAGCAAACAAAAUUGAAAAAUAUUGAUUUCCGUAUUGUUGCUGGGAGUGACGGGAAUUACUUCAUGAGAUUGACUGUACAAGGAACUAGGUAUUCCAUUGAAAGAUUAAAAGACAUUGUUGUCAUGGAUGAGUUUUUUGAUGCUGUGAUUUCUAAUCAACCCAUUUCUUCAUAGGUCAAAUAGAUCUUGUGAGAAAAUCCUGAAGCAUAUCGCACUGAGCAAGUGAACUUUUUUGUUGUAUAAUUAUAUUUGAAGCUAUGAUUUCUGGUUACUGUUUGUGUAUUAUUAUGUUUCUCUAUAUUUUAAUUUUUAAAAUUCCAGACUUUUCUUGAAAAUCCUAAGAAAUCGCAAUCAGUGUUUAUUUUAUUUUAUUGCAAAAUUUUAGACCAAAGAUACUUCUGAUGUUCUGUUAGCUGUGAUUUUACCUUUGUAUCUAUUAUAUACAUUUUUCAUGUUAUUCUUAAAAAAUGGUCGAGAGUUUUUUGAAAAGUAAGUUGUUAUGCAGUGUCGAUUAUCAAGCACACAUACUCUACAUUUCAUUUAUAAUGUUAUUAUGAGUGAUAAUGAAGUAAAUGAGCUUUAAUGAUUGAUUUUAUCAAAGCAUUCAAUGUCAGAAAUCUGUAUUUUGGAUGCAGAUUUUUAAAAAAUUAACUGUUACUGAAUAAUUGGUAAAUAUAUUAAAAGAUCCAGAUAAGUAUGAGAAAAUUCAUUUGAAAAUUAAGUACUGAAUUUUCACAUUAAAUACAUUGAUUUUGAACUAAAAUGCAUAAUGAAACUGUAUUUAUAUAUUUUAUUAAAUGUUUCAGUUAACCUUCUUACCCUUCUAGUACAUAGCUUUUUGGUAAUUUGUAUUUAAAGCUGAAAUUUUAACUUUCUACUUAACUAUGAAAAAAGU